UCUUCAGCCAUCUUACGAAUCUGCAAACACCAUGAAGGUUCUGGUAUUCCUGUUUGGUCUCGUCUGCUUCUCCUUCGUCUCAAGCAACACGUCUUCUCAAUUCUACUGCGGGAGGAGACUGGCUGAUACUCUUGCUUAUCUAUGUCCUGAAGACUCUGUGGGCAAAAGAUCUGGGAUGGAUACUGGAGACCUGGACUACUGGACAUGGUCGUACCCGAGGAUGGCUCUACAAGGCUCCAGGGGGAAGAGAGGAGUGGUGACCGAGUGCUGCGAAAAAGCCUGCUCUUUGAACGAACUGCUGUCCUACUGCUAGACGUAUUGUAG